UGGAGCCCGGACUCUCAUUGCCCCCAUUGUUGGCCGCAUCUGUCACUUUGUGGGCAGGAUGACAUGAAUGGAUGGGCCGGACACACCUUCCGUGGUGGUGUGAAAACCCUGUCCUGAUCUGCAGACUGCUCCGGGACUCUGCCAGAGGCGCCGCCGAGGGCCAGGGACGCACCUCGCCUUCCCGAUCCCUUCCCAGUCCCAGUCCCCGCGCACUCGCUCCCCGCGGCUCCCGGGCAGCGGGCGCGCACCAUGCUGCCCAGCGCCGUGGCAGCCCAGGCCGGAGCCUACUGGGAUGUGGUGGCGUCCUCGGCACUCCUCGGCCUCCCAGCGCCGGGCUUCGGCAGCCUGGGCAAGAGUUUCCUGAUUGAGAACUUGCUGCGCGCAGGGGCCGGACCCACGCACGCACCCCCGCCCCCGCGCCCCGCGCCGGGUCCCGAGUGUCCCCAGCUGCGACCGCUGCCUGCCAGCCCAGUGCCGCUCAAGCUGUGCCCAGCCGGGCCCUACGGUGCACGCUGGGCCUUCCAGAUGCCCGGCCGGGUUCCAGGGGACCGAGACAGUGCCUUCCAACCCUCAACUCCAGUGCCUUCCAAACCCUUCCUCCUGAGCGCUCUGCCCUUCUACUCGGCGUGCUGCGGUGGGUCCUGCAGGCGCCCCGCCUCCCCCACAGCUUUUCCAAGAGAAGAACAUGGGCUGCCUCUGCUCACCCAGGACUCAAAUUCCAAAGCUCGAAGGGGGAUUUUAAGAAGAGCUGUGUUCUCAGAGGACCAGAGAAAGGCUCUGGAGAAAAUGUUUCAGAAGCAGAAGUACAUCAGCAAAACAGACCGAAGGAAACUUGCUGUCAGCUUGGGACUGAAGGAGUCACAGGUGAAGAUCUGGUUUCAGAACAGAAGGAUGAAAUGGCGGAAUUCCAAAGAAAAAGAAGUGCUCUCCAACAGGUGCCUCCAAGAAGUGAGCCUUCAAGAAGACAGGCUCGCACGGCCCGCUGUGGGCUUCCCUCCUCCGUGCCCUGCCCUGUGGGAAGUCUCCCAGCCGCACUCAAGCCCCAGCUGGAGGGAGAAUUCUCCAGAACCUGCAGAAAGACUGAGCCAGGAGAACGCACGGGUACCAGAAGCGAAUUCACUCCGAGGUGCCUUGUACUUGGGUCCUGAGAAGGACGCUGGAGACAAGGAUGGACUCACUAGCGCCAUCUGAAGGGAGCAUGCGCCAUGCUCGUCUAAGAGAACCCUUAGCCUGUAACAUUGGGAUUAAAGCCAAUUAGCGUGUGUCUCAACCCUGCCUUAAACUAACACCUUGGCACGAUACCUGAGCUGAAGCCUUAGGAGAGCCAGUCUCCUCUUUCUUAUUUAGCCCUCGACAGAGGCUCAGUGUCUAAAUGGAGUAGAACCUCCCAGGAGGUAGAUAGGACUGAAAGAUGAGAGCCAGUGUCGGCCCAUGGCCUGUUCUGAAUACGUGUGUGUAUAUAUGCGUGUGUCUGUGUAUAUGUAUGUAAAUGCUCAUUAAAUUCAUUAGCAGAAACCAAUUCUCUCCAAGUUUUACAUGGCGCAAAUUUCUUUUUUUAUAUGAAGAAAAAAAUUGAGCAAAUAUUCAUUUUUCAAAUAAUGUAAAACUUUGGCUCCAAUGCCACACAAUGAAUUAUGUUUGCAAAAAUUCUCAUCUUCUGGCUUCUUUGGUAUCCAGUUGUAAGUGAAUUUUAGCAAGCUCCGCAGUCCUAAUCAAAUGAGCCACAGCUAGAGACACAUACUGACAAUAGAGAGGAUAAACUCAACAGGAAUCUACAAUUUUUGAAGGUAGUUAUCAGUAUUUCUAGUUUCCAGGUCUGAGACAGAUGAGGCUAUCAGUGAGGAAGGUCCGCAUUUAUCUGUGAAUUGGCUUUGUGAUCUCUUCUCUGUAGGGUUUAUCCUCGACCAAGGUUAUCUGAAUAAAAUAAACGCCUGAGUGGAAGGUUUGUCAGACAAUGGGUCAGUCAGCAUUCAGUAACUUUUUGAUUAUCUCUGCCAACUAGUUUGUAAUCAGUGCCCCAAGCUGUGUCGCCGUUCUUAAACUGUGUCUAACACGAUGAAAAAUCACAGUACGGACGGGCUCUGUGGUCAGUGCUGAUCCCACACUCAGACAGUCUGACUUUUCCACCUAGUUGGUUCAUACUACAUAUGUUAGGUGGUUUUAUAUGUUAGCAGACACCACCCAGAUGCUUUAUGAUUACUCUGAAAUAGUCUUUGUAUAAAAUCAUAUCUCUGGUAAUGAUUUUCUUAGUUAUCCAAAUAUAUUAAUUCUAAGUUCAUGAAAAAAAAUAUUUUACUUUGCAGGAAAUGAAGAAAAAAAAGGAAACAGUGUGGUUUUGAAUGGAUCUUUGGACAAACGAUGCAACUAGGAGUCUUCUAUGGAACGUUUUGUUCAUGAGCAAGUGAGGAAGCGAUGGGGCUUACCCUCUCAGCUCUGGGCUCCAAGGGUUUAGUGUGCAGAAGGGAGAAUAUUUGAGAAAGUAACCGUUGUGAUCAACACCAGGGAAUUCUGUUUUAAUGAAAGGAGCUUGCAUUGGUACGUUAGCUGAUGCCUUUGCCACCUUUAUGUUCCCUAAAGGUCAUGUUAGAAGGUUGUCUUUGAGCUUCCUUGUGGGAAGUGGGAGCCAGGGAUCUGAUGACUCCGUUUGACAACCUGUUUGCAAAGCGAAAACACAGGGUACUUUCUCUAGUCCUGACCUUAUCUGUAGGCUGUUCCGUCUUGCACGACACUGUGCUGAGCAUCUAGGGUCUGCUGGCUCAUUUAGCCCUCGUGGCCAUAGCCCUGUGACGUCAACGGUCUUACCGAUCAGGGUUCCUGUUUCUCCACCAAGGCAGCUGAGGCACUGCAUGCAGAGGUGAUCACCGAGUCACAGAGUUAGUAAAGUAAGGGGUCUAUGCCCAGGCAAUCCAGUUCAUGCCGUAAGGUCUUACCAACUCUGUGGGGUAUGCGGCACCGUGCAUGUAUUCCCAUAGCUGUAGGAUGCCGUAUGUGUGUAUUCACACAGCUACAGGAAGCCCUAUCAGCAGAGAAGCCUGAAGGACACUGUGGUAAGGUUUGCUGAAGGAAGUCAGGAGUACGUUGUAUUUUGCAGCCUCUGACUUGGGGAAACAGUAUUCUCAUCAAUAUUCUCCUUUCUAUUAGAUUUUUAAGUUUAGGUAAAGAAUUGCCAAUCUUCAACUCUGAGGCUCCUGUGGACUCUAGUUCAGAGAAGUCACCUCAGUGCAUGAUGGGCAUGUCUUGGUUUUCACCAUUCACUGAUGAAAAUCAUAAAGUACUUACUUGCAUGCGGCCAUCGUGUCUUGAGAAUAACUUGAAACUGGAAUGAGAGAGACUUGUCAAGGGCUUUUGAUUGGUCCAGGUUGUAGAAACGGGUGAAUUACAGCUUGAAUGACUUUCCCCCAGGAGCUCUGAGACUCAGUAGAACUCCAUGUAAGAAUGGCCUGGUGCUCAAAUAUGCAGGCGAGGAUUUCAAUUGUCUUCCACCCUGGAAUGUGUCUAGGCUUAGGAAAGUCACACUUUAGAAAGACAGUUUACUGGGGCAUAGUGAUAGUACACACACGUGUGCCCUCACAUAAACAUAGCCGUAUACACACUGUAUGCCCUCACACACAAGCAUAGGCAUAGUACACAAUGUACCCUCACACACAAGCAUAGCCACAGUAUACACACACGUGCCCUCACAUGCAAGCAUAGCUGUGCUACACACAUGUGUGCCUGCUGGGACUGCGGGGCCGGGCGGGAUCGGAGAAACCUUCCGGCUACAUGUGCCUUUACACAGAGUAUCUUCUACAGUGCACACAUGUGUGCCCUCACAAGCAUGGCCAUGCUACACACAUAUGUGCUCUCACACGCACAGCAUAGCCAUGGUAUACACACGUGUCCUCACACACAGUAUAGCCAUGGUACACAUGCCUUUCUGCCUUUUCUUUGCAUUAUCUUGUCUGGAUUGCAGUGAAUGGCUGGGUCCUUGCUAGAGAGCUCUCCUUUCUUAUUCUCUGCUGACCCCACCCUUAUCCUGGCUUUGUGUGAGCAUUUUCUGUUGAAUAGUUGCAGAUUCUUUUCUGGAAGUGAUAACAUAUUAGUAUACUUCUUGUCCACUUUCCAGAGAAAUACUGAUUGUAAUUAAUACCAGGAACAUAGAAUCCUGGAGAAUGAAAUAUUGAAGAAGAAGAAAAAAAGAACACCUCAAAAGGCAUUUUCAAUUGGUUUAUAAGUAGAUGAAAUGAAUGUAUGUUUUAAUAUUUAGGGAUUAGAAAUAUAUAAACAGGUUAGAGAUGACCAUAGGCUUUGGAGACAAUGAAGAUGAUUAUCACUAAUGUUUAAAAGACAACUCUGUCUUUUUAAUAAUAAACAAGAAAGCCAACUAUUUCAUCAAGUGAUUCUCAGGAUUUAAAACCCAUCCACAUGACCAUACUGUAACUCCCAGACUCCUCUAUCAUCCAGAUCCUCACCUCCAGCAUCCAGAAUCCCAUUUGACUCCCCCAAAUCAAUACAUGUUCUUUACUUUAAAUAUAAAAUUAUAAAUAAUCUCUACCAUAAGCUGCCUUUCCGAUAUCUCCAUUUCUAAACUGCACUCUUCCUAGUGUUCAGCAAGACCCAGCCAUCCCUAAAACCAACGAUUCUGUGAAGAUCUUGCAUUGACACAAUGAAGCUUAUUGUCUUCCAAAGUUUGCUGGACUGUACCUCCAGGAACUUGAUAUUUUCUCCCUGUGUUUUCUUUCUAUUUCAGCAUCUGCUGGACAUUAUGAUUGAGACAUUUUCCUCUAUGUAGAUAAACAUGAGAAAGAGAAAAGGUCCUUGUCUUCAAAGAGCUUCUAAAUUAGCUGCCUUGCCAUACAAUGCUUGAAAUAGUCCCUAUUACUCCUGGAAGGCUCCAGUAAUUUUAAGAGAAAAAACUAGCAUCCUCCAAACCUCACCUCUCUUUGCAAUGAGAGCCUUCGUAAAGCUCUACUAAUCAGAAACUAAUCAGAAUGACUCCUGCCAUUCCUCCCAGAUACUGUUGUCACAAGAGUCAGGAGUCAGAGAGGCUUCCAGAAGAAUUCACUAGCUUCCUGUGUCCACAGCGAACCCGGUCUCUUUUUUUUGGUCUGUUUGCUUGUCUAGCUAUUACUUUAGUUACAUUGUGUUAUUUUUAUUUUGGUUAUAAAUAAAUGCACCUGAAAACAGCUAACGAAGUAAAAGUCGUGAAACUCCAGUAGACGGUCCUCUUGGGGAAAAAAAAAAUGCAGCUACUUUUGAAUGUGCAAGCAUGUAAAUACAUAUGUCUAAACAGAUUUGGAUUGUAGUGUCUAUCCAGUUUCCCUGCUUUUUUUUCUGUUUGCUCACAGACCAAUUUCCCACAUCAUUAAAGAUUACUCAAAACCA